ACUGCACACACUCAGCAGUUUCAGGCUGAACUAAGCUAGCUGCUAUGCUAUGCUAUCAAACAGGUUGUUAGCCCGUAGAGCUUACACACUGUGGAAGUAGUUAGAUAAACGCAGUAGCGUUGUGACAGGGAGCCUGACAACACGUGGAAGUCAGAGUGAACAUGCGGAUAUGUGACUACAUAUAGGAAAACCCGAAUAUGGACAAGGAGAGCAAACUGUCAUCUGCUGCCCUGCAGUCUCCUGACUUGAGGCUGCAGUGGAGACAGAGAAAGGAUCCUGCAGAGCCACACACAGCCUCAUCCCCACCUCUAAUGCUGCCAAAUCCUUAUGUGUCCGAACAGAGUUUAAGAGGGAACUGGUCGUCAGGUCAGAGCCAGAAGCAGAAUCCAUCAAAUAUAAAUGGAGCAACAGCAGAGGGAAAAGUAGUAGGCGUGUCAAGAAGCCAUGGCUACAGCAGCAGCCGUCGAGUUAAAGACACCAGGGAGGAUGUCCUGCAGAGAGAACGGUCCACACAGGAUGCACAAGCAAAGACAUCAAAAGGCAACAUUGGCUUCCCUGCACAAGGCAGAUUUCUGGGCAAGAACUCACUGGAAGCCCAGAAAAAAGGUUUUAGAAGUGCCAGGUCAAACUCUGAAGGGAAGUCCAAACCAGCAAAGGAAGACUUGGCCCCAUUUGAAGUGAAGAUUACUGACUUCCCAGAGUUAGCUGGGGGUCCGAUUGGCAAACCGGGCCCUCCGAUUGCUUCAAGAGAAGGCUGGGGUCUAACUCCUCCUCCAACCCUGAGCCCACAAACACAAACAUCAGCAUCUUCAUGGAAGUCUGCCAGGAAAGAAUCCCCAACACAGACUGACCCCCGAAAAAUGUACACCAAUGCUAAGCCAGAUUCAUCAGCUACGUCAACAGGUCAGCCUGAGGUAACCUCCUGGGCUAAUGUUGCCUCUCAGCCUCCAAAGAAACCUGUUCCUAAAGAGAAGACCAUCAACAGUGACCACAUGCAGACAGAAGAAAGGACUGCACAGCAGGAAGAGGGAGCUCCAGGGAAGAAAAAGAGAAAGAAAAAGAAGAAGAAAUCUAAAGGUGAAGAUGCAGAAGCUGAGCCCGAAGAGCCAGCAAUGUAUCAGGCACCUCCUAAAUUUGAGGAUGAGGAAGAGUUCCCUGGCUUGACUCCUGCUCUGACUGGGGCAGAUAGAUUGACAACCAGCAGCUAUGCAGCAAAACUAGGCAAUGAGGAAAACCAAAGAGAAGUUGUUCAGCAUCAGUCUGCUGACCAAACCAAGGAAAAAUCAGCUGCCGGAAAAUCUCAGCCAACAGAGACAUCUAAGAAAGGACAGAAAGCUGAAAAGGUGUCUGGGAAGAAAAGCAAAGUUCCUGUUCAGCUGGACAUCGGAAACAUGUUGGCCGCUUUGGAAAAGAAGCAAUCUCAAAAAGUCAAGCAGGACGCCAAACCACUCGUUCUCUCAGUUGGUGGAGGACUACCAGUUGUCCAGAAGCAACCAUUAGUCCAGAAAAAGCCUCCCUGGCAGCAGGAUAAAAUUGCACACAAUCCCCUGGAUUCCACCAGCCCUUUGGUGAAGAAAGGAAAGCAGAGAGAGGUGCCAAAAGCCAAGAAACCAACUCCUCUUAAAAAGGUCAUUUUAAAAGAAAGAGAGGAGAGAAAACAAAAACGUUUGCUGGAGGAGAGAGGGCUACUGCCGGAAAGUGUGUUAAAACCUACCAGUGAUGCGGAAAAAGAAGAGCAGUGUGACACAAAUGUACCAGGUGAGCUCCGGAGUCCUACACCUACAGAAGAACUUGAAGAUCAGUCAGAGAUGAACUGCACAAGCCAAAUGGUGAAAGAGGGCGAUGAAGAGGAGAUUGUAGAUGAACAACCCAUCUCACCCCCUGUGCCCUGCCAACCCAGUCGACCCAAAAUCCACAGCAGGAAGUUCAGAGACUAUUGCAACCAGAUGCUGAGCAAAACCGUGGAUGAGUGUGUAACGACUCUGCUGAAGGAGCUGGUUCGAUUCCAGGACCGCCUUUACCAGAAGGACCCCAUGAAGGCCCGCAUGAAAAGACGCAUUGUGAUGGGGCUCAGAGAAGUCCUGAAGCACCUCAAACUCAGGAAGGUCAAGUGUGUCGUCAUCUCACCCAACUGUGAACGCAUCCAGUCCAAAGGCGGCCUGGACGAGGCUCUUUACACCAUCAUCGACACUUGUCGUGAACAACGGGUGCCGUUUGUGUUUGCCCUCUCCAGGAAAGCUUUGGGUCGCUGCGUCAACAAGGCAGUGCCUGUCAGCCUGGUGGGCAUCUUCAACUAUGAUGGUGCACAGGACUUCUAUCAUAAGAUGAUAGAGUUGUCGUCUGAGGCCAGGAAAGCCUAUGAGACGAUGGUGUCAAGCCUGGAGCAGACAGGCCAGGAGGAGGCAGGGAACAAUGAGGAAGAGCUGCAGAUCAGCAGCCCGGCUGAGGAGGCGGAGCCCAGUCCUGACCCCACACAGCCAGAGGAGCCGGAGUACAGUAAGUGUCUGCUGUGA